UCCAUCUGACGUAUUUGACUUGAAUCUGCUUUUUAUACGGAGGGUUUACGCGCAUCACAUCGGAACGAAACGCAACGAAGCGCAACGCAGCGCAUUGUUACUUGGAGUCUUGAGCAAAGCGCAUUCGCAUCCACAUCCACAUCCGCCUUCGCAUAUUGAAUCCCAUCCUCAUCCCUCUGGCCUGGACCGAACCGGAAACAUGGCGCUAUCAUCCGAGCAAAAGCAGAUGAGAUUCCUAGCCGUUGUGCUCCCCUCCCUCACACUGUGCACACACACGCUCCUCGCCCUCUCCUUCCUCCUCCCCGGCUCAGAUCCCAAUCGCGCCGUUUUCUCCAUCACAUACAAUGCCAUCGCCGGCAGCGCAAGCAUGUUAGGCCUGGUGGGCGCUAUACGGUUACUACCACGCCUAGUGUCAGCUUACACCAUCGUCCACGCCAUCACGCUAUCCUUCGUUACCAUCGCGCUCGUAAACCUGAUUCUGCCCUUCGAUUUCCGGUUGCUGAAUCCGGUUAUUCCGAGCUAUGCCGUUGAUGGGCCGUUGUUGUGCCGCGAUAUUGAUGCUGGGUUCGGGUGGGAUGACGAAUGGUUGGAGAAGUGCUCGAUGACUUUCAUUGUCGUCAAGUUUGCAAUUGCGGGACUGGGGUUGAGCUUGAUGGGUGCGCAGUGGUGGGCGCUGUGUAGUGUGAGAGCGUGGGGUCAGGAGCUGGGAGGUCCGGACAGGAAUGGGGAGGGGGAUGUGGAAAAGGCUGGCCUUGAACAGAGGGAUGGUAUGAGAUAUGAUGAAAAGACGGGGUUGUAAAUGACUUAUGAAUUAAAGAGUAUGAACAACAUCGGCCCGAACAUCGAGACCUGCCCGUC